GAAGAAGCGCACACUCACCCACGAUUUUGAGUUCACAACCUUAACUAUCCAAGCUUUUCACUGCAUCCCGCCUAUUCCAUUCUCAAUCUCUUGUCUCCUAACGCUCCGAUCCCGAACCGAGCCGUCCGAGCAAGUAUCUCCGAGAGAAAGAUUCACAAUGGUACACGCCGACUCAUCGACUUUCAAAGCCGAUAUCAGUAAAGCGGAAGCGUAUGCGCAGGUUUUAGACGAAGCGAGAGGAUUAAUUGAUGGACAGAGGAAUUGGGUGUGGUAAAUAUUCCAGUUUUUUAGAGUCGUUAUAUCAAGUGAUAUGACGUGAUUUGGUUAGAUGAUAUGUAAAGAAUAUUGAAUAACGAAACGGCAAUGGAAAUAGCAAUCUAUCAAACGCAGCCUCAUUACUAUGGCACGCAUAUAAAUCUCUUCCCUCCCCCUCUUCAGAAGUAAACUGGGCUGGAUUCUACACCCUUGACCCCACCUCCACCCCCUCCAAGCCCUCUCUAAUCCUCGGCCCAUUCCAAGGAAAAGUUGCUUGUCAAACCAUCGCCUUUUCCCGCGGUGUAUGUGGUACCGCCGCCUCGACUCAGACUACGCAGCUCGUUGCCGAUGUGGAAAAGUUUCCGGGUCAUAUUGCAUGUGAUGCCGCUAGUCAAAGUGAGAUUGUAGUACCGAUUGUGGUGGAUGGGGUGGUGAAGGCGAUUAUUGAUGUGGAUUGUGGGGUAAAGGAGGGGUUUGAUGAGGUGGAUCGGAAGUGGUUGGAGGAGUUGGCGGGGGUUUUGGCGGAGGGUUGUGAUUGGUAGUUGAGUUGAGAUGAGUAGAGGGUUUGGGAGGGGAGUCUGUUGAGCUUGUCUAUGUUUUCUUUGCAGCCUUCGAAAGAAGUUGCAUUGUGUUGCACUGUUGCAAUAUAUUGUAUAUGGAUAUAGACAUAGGUGAGAGAAAUAUAGAGCGCUUGCUGUAUAUCAACUUUCACCAACAGACAAAACUGCAUGACGAAUAGAUGAAAAUCAUCUUCGAGAAAGGAAAAAGCAACGAUUCCAAAUUCGAGGAUGGCCAGAUCUCGAGCACAUAAUACCAUACCGCUGUAAGAAUCAUUCUCGACUCAAGCUAUAUCA